UACAAAUAAUUAUGCUUAUAUAAGGAGCACAAUGGCCCAUUUUUUACCAUCCAAUUCAAACCUCUAAUUUUCCAUUCAUCAUUACAAUUAACAAUUAUAUAUCUUCCAAAAUCAUGUCUACUACAAAAGUUGUCUUAAUCUUUGUCAUUCUAACCGGUGCCAUUUUUUUCGCCUUGGCUUCUGAUCCUGAGCCACUGCAAGACCUUUGUGUUGCUCUUCCCAAUUCAGGUGUGAGGGUGAAUGGAUUUGCAUGCAAGGCAGAGUCAAAUGUAACAGAAUCUGAUUUCUUCUUUAGUGGCAUAGGGAAGCCUGGUGUGAUCAACAACACAGUGGGGUCUCUAGUUACCACAGCUAAUGUAGACAAGAUUCCAGGCCUCAACACAUUGGGUGUGUCUCUUGCAAGAAUAGACUACAAGCCUGGCGGUAUUAACCCGCCGCACACGCACCCACGCGCCACCGAGGUUGUGUUUGUUUUGGAAGGUGAGUUAGAUGUGGCUUUCAUCACCACAUCAAACAAACUCAUCUCAAAGAAAAUAAAGAAAGGUGAAGUGUUUGUGUUCCCAAUUGGGCUGGUUCACUACCAGAAGAACAAUGGGGACACGCUUGCGUCCGUGAUCGCCGCAUUUAACAGCCAACUACCUGGCGCAUUGUCUGUUGCUUCCGCCCUCUUCUCGUCAAAACCAGCUGUGCCUGAUGAAGUUCUUGCAAACACUUUUCAGAUGGAUGCCACGGUGGCUGAAACAAUUAAGACUAAGUUUGCUCCUAAGAAGGGUUAAAAAUUCAAAAUAAUUUGAGUAUAGCCGAAUGAUAUAUUACAUAUUAAUACUAUAAGAGAAAGAAGAUUAUUUUGGAUUUUUUAACUUCUUCUCACGGUUAUGAACUUAUGAUCAAUGUUAUUGCUUAUGAUGAUGUUGAA